AUGGUCCCGUUCAAAAAAAAAUGGCUAAUUUAUGUUAUUCUGUCCGCUGUUCUCCUGUUUGCCUAUCGAAGAACCGUCCUGUACGCCUUCGCCCCAGGUGCCAAUUACUCAAAGCCGCCGAAAGGAUUCAAAUUCGAAUGGAAGUACUUCAAGGAAAACCACCCCGUGAAAUCAUUUGUCCCCCUACCUUCUGGCCCGGUUAAAACGCUCCCCAAGGUUCAGCAUGCGUUCUCAGAUCAAUCCUUCAAAGAAAUUCUGUCGAAGCAAAAGUCCCGACAGGAAGCUGUCAAACAAACGUUCCUUCGUGCCUGGAAUGCGUACAGGAAUUACGCAUGGAUGCACGACGAAGUUACUCCUCUCACAAGAGGAUCUUACAACACUUUUGGCGGAUGGGCAGCUACCCUUGUUGACAGUCUUGACACCCUAUGGAUAAUGGACCUGAAAGAUGAAUUCCAGGAAGCUGUUGGCGCCGUUGCUGACAUCGACUUCACCAUGACUAAAUCCGUGGAAAUCAACGUCUUUGAAACAACAAUCCGCUACCUCGGCGGCCUUCUAUCAGCUUAUGAUCUAAGCGGAGAGCCGGGGCUUCUCACCAAGGCCACAGAGCUGGGAAACAUUCUCUACGUUGCCUUUGACACUCCAAACCGCAUGCCUGUUACACGCUGGAAAAUCCAUGCCGCGUUCCUCCACCACAAGCAAGAGGCCUCUGCCCACUGCCUCCUUGCCGAAAUCGGCUCCCUGACGAUGGAAUUUACCCGCCUGUCGCAACUCACCAAGGACCCUAAAUGGUACGAUGCUGUUCACCGAGUUACAAAACUAUUCGAGGAACAACAGGGGGAAACGAUGCUUCCGGGAAUGUGGCCUCUUAUUCUCGAUGCGCGCAAGCGAAAUCUACAGGGGCAAAGGAAUAGCUUCACUCUGGGCGCGAUGGCUGACUCCUUCUACGAGUACCUGCCCAAGAUGCACGCGCUGCUGGGUGGGGUGGAUGAUAUGUAUGGGCGAAUGUACAAAGAUGCCAUGGCUGUGGUGGCCAAACAUGUCCUUUAUAGGCCCAUGGUGCCAGACAAUGCAGAUAUACUCUUUUCCGGCAUGGUGACUGCGUAUGCCAAUAGAAAUGUCCAGCUCAGUGCCGAGGGCCAGCAUCUCGUCUGCUUUGCCGGUGGCAUGUUUGCACUGGGGUCCAAAUUAUUCGAUAUCCCAGCCCAUAUGGAUAUUGCGCGUAAACUUACAGACGGGUGUAUCUGGGCAUACAAAGCGACUCCCUCAGGGAUGAUGCCCGAGGUAUUCCACAUGGUUCCAUGCGCAGCCAACGAACCUUGCUUCUGGGAUGAGGCAAAGUACAAGAAGGCAGUAGCUGACGCACAUGAAAAUUCCCGGCCCUCUCCCAACCAAGGACAAGGACAAGACCAAGACAACAGCGCAGAGGCAAUCAUAGCUCGCGAACGCCUCCCCAAGGGUAUUAAAUCCAUAACGGACAGGCGGUAUAUCCUUCGCCCGGAAGCCAUCGAGAGUGUCUUUAUUCUAUAUCGCACUACCGGCCGGACGGAGCUUCUCGAUACGGCAUGGGAGAUGUUCACGGCCAUUGAGGACAUGACGAAGAGUCCCUAUGGAAAUGCGGGACUGGAUGACGUUACGACUGCGACAGGAGCGACCGGGGAAGUGCCGUUGUCAAACCGCAUGGAGAGCUUCUGGCUAGCGGAGACCUUGAAAUAUUUUUAUUUGAUGUUCAGUGAUCCUAGUUUGGUUAGCUUGGAUGAAUAUGUGUUUAAUACGGAGGCGCAUCCCUUUCGGCGAAUGGCGUGAUUACGGUCCACUGUCAAUUGCUGCAUGUUCAUUGCGAAUUUAUGUAUAUAGCUGCAGAGUUGCUUUAACUCUUUUUUUUGCAUUUGGGUG